AUCAUCAGUGAUGAGGAAGAGUGUUCACCGACCCACCUCUGGCCCACCAGCAUUAAGCAUUUUUCCAGCUACGCGCACGGAUGGCUGUAUUAAGUGCUAGGAUUUGCAGAAAUGGAGCGCAUUUUUCGCUACAAAGACCAAAUAUUACACAGGUGCAGGGAACCAUGUCGUCCUGCUGGUCACUACCACUGCCCUAACUGAACGUACAGUGGUACGAAGAGUAGACAUGGGGAGACAUUUGAACAUAUGCCACCCCAACCUCCGCUCUACACUGCCUGACCUCCGCUCCACACAGCCUGACCUCUGCUCCACACAGAGUGACCUCCGCUCCACACAGCCUGACCUCUGCUCCACACAGAGUGACCUCCAGUCUGCACAGCCUGACCUAUGCUCUACACAGCCUGACCUCUGCUCUACACAGCCAGACCUCCGCUCCACACAGCCUGACCUCCGCUCCACACAGAGUGACCUCCAGUCUGCACAGCCUGACCUAUGCUCUACACAGCCUGACCUCCAGUCUGCACAGCCUGACCUAUGCUCAACACAGCCUGACCUUCGCUCCACACAGCCUGACCUCCGCUCAACACAGCGUGACCUCCAGUCUGCACAGCCUGACCUCCAGCCUCCACUGCCUGACAUCCAGUCUGCACUGCCUGACCUCCAGUCCAACCUCCACCCUGCACUUGCAGACCACCCCUAUUCAUGUAAUCAUACAGCGCCCCCCAAGACGCCCCGACAUGUGAAGUGCCCUCACUGCACCCUUGUUCUAUACAAAAAAAAUUUGGCUCUACACAUACAAAGACAACAUGGCCUACCAAAAGAUAUAACAGCAAAGUCACACCUAAAAGGUACAUGUGUAGACCAAAGCAAAGGCCUGUAUGCAGUCAGAAAAACGUCUUGCGGUUUUUCUGUCCCAAUACAUGUACAGAGAAAAACAUGGGGCCAGACAAAAGUUACAAGGUGUGAGAUGGAGGACUGCCGGCAAUACCACCUGCUCGCCCAGCGGAGUGGCCUCACUCAUAGCACCUGUCACCACAUCAGGUCCAUAGAGUACUGCAACACCUCUGCCACCGAGGUACCACUUCAACAGCAGGUCCUAGACAAAAUGCUCUUAAGCAAAUUUUUUAAUGACUCCAAGGUGGCAGUGUGUAAACACAGACAAAAAGAAGCAGAGAAUGCUCAGGCCCCCCUGUGUGUGUUGGUGGAACUGAGACCACUAAAACACAGAACCCCCCUCCACACACACACACACCACCACCACCACAAACACAGGCUCUUGCAUAGACACGCAUUCGAUCUAUGAUGUUUUAACACUGUUUUAUGCAUUAUCAUCUAUUGACCUCCCCACAUAGACCUACAGUACACAAGUGUCCAUUGCUGCACACAGGAGAGGCAUCAAGCAAGUGAGAGCAUGGUAGGCGUAGGCCUGGCAUGGUAGUGCAAUGUCCCUUCCACUAAAAAAAAUUAAUUGACUGAACUGCCUUUUAAUGUUUGUUGCUCAGCUCUUCGAAGAGGCAAAAAAGGCAGCAGACUGGUUGGAUGAAAACAGUGGGCUGAUAAAAAAUAAAUAUUGGCUGCCACGGGUGUUGGACAUGGAGGCGGAAGAGCAGGAGGAGGUGCUGGCCAGACAGUUUGUCCAGUUGGACGUUGAAAACAUGAAUUUGUUCACAUUUCAAUUUACCACCGUCCAAGAUCACGAAACAUUUUCUAUUCAUGUACGGGACGAACUUCACAUUCGGGCA